AUGAUCGGUAGGGGCCCCCAAUUGGGGGGACAGAGAAGGGCUUACUUCACCGCCAUAGACCGAAAGCUGCGCGAAGUGCCCUACUUGUCUCGAUACGUCAUCCUCGAGCAGUUUAAAAAGAAGCCCCGAUACAUGGACGAAUGCCCAGGCACUCCCAGGAGAGCCUACGAACACAACUGCUUCGACCGAAUCAGGUUCAAGCCGACCUUCAACCCAUACGUUAAGCUGAAUAAGGACAAGAAGUACCGACUGGACAACUGGGAAUCCAGAAACUCGGAACGCUUCGACCCACUCAAGUGCUACGUCCGGGGAAGCAGGAAGGCCUACGACGUCCCCUUCGCGAUUCUGCCCUCCAAGGAUGAGUUGGGGAACUUCCACCCCCCAGUACUCUCCGGACGGUACAGGGCCGACAUAGAGAAGCAGUACUACAUGCACGACCUCCCCUGGGUGUGGCACAAGAACUUCUACACUGGCACGAACCACUUCUGUGACAACAUGGUAGUGGGGAAGAAGGAGUGGUACCGGAGGGAGCAACAGAAGGAAAGGAUGAAGGAAGCCAUGGGCAAAAUAAAUGACUUGGUGCUGGAGUACCGCCAGGAAUUUCGGGACAAGAAACGAUACAACUUCCUAGAGCGAGUGGUGAACACCCUAGGGGAAGACAUCGCACACAAGUACAUAAGAAAAAUUAAGCACGUCUACUUAUGA